AUGGACACCCUAGUCGAGACUCCCGGCAAAACUCCCACGGGACUCCUGUCACCGGGGCCUGCGGGACUUAGAUUUGACGUAAUGAGCGUACUAGAGCACAUUUCAAAUAUUUUCGUUUCUAGCAUUGAUUCUGCAUGUGCGUGUCUAUCGUGGCUAUACUGUUGGCUUACAUUUCCAUUUGGACCAUUAACACGUGUUGUGAAUUCGAACGUAAAAGGUUCUUCUCUGCAACAUUCGGCUUAUGAUACGAAUACAGAUUUGUAUGAACAAGCCCAUGAGAGAAGUCGAACUCAGUUGAAUAUUGGUCAUGAGAAAUUUAUUCGUUUAUCAUUCGGAGUUGUGCGAUAUUCUUAUCUAGACACGAAUGCAACAAAAAACAGUCCGUUAAAUGUUUUUGUUCAUGGGUUUUCGGUGUCAAUGGAAUUAUGGCGUGAUGUGGCUACAGCUUUGCACAAACAAGGACAACGAUGUUUAGUAUUUGAUUUAUAUGGACGAGGCUGGUCUGAUGCACCUGAUAUAACAAUGAAUGCUGAAUUAUUCGUUAAUCAAAUUGUAGAAUUGUUAUAUUCAUUAAACAUUACUGAUAAAUCAUUUAAUUUAUAUGGUGCGAGUAUGGGUGGAGUUAUUGUUCAAUUGUUUACAAAACUAUAUCCUGAAAAAGUAUCAAAAUUGAUCUUAUGUUGUGCGGCUGGGCUCAAUGUGAAUCGUCCAACAGGAAUUAAAGCACUUUUACUAUCAUUACCUGUAAUCGGACCGUUUGUCUUCAAAAAAUCCAUUCCGUUUUUGGAAAAAGGUGCAAAAGCACAAUGGAUCGAUUCGAACAGUGAAUUAUUUCAGUUGUAUAAUGAACAUUUUAAACAAUGUUAUCGUCAACAUAAAGGCUAUUUGAGAUCAUUAUAUUCGUCAUUAAUUCAUUUUCCAUGGGAUACAAUGGAACCAAUUGCACAAAAAAUAAAUAGUGAUGAAAACUGUCCCAAAAUAUUAAUCAUCUGGGGUGAUAAAGACACAGUAAUUGAUAUUUCAGAUGGACAUCGUUACAACAAACUAUAUAAUCAAAAUUCAACGUUAGUCAUUAUACCAAAUGCAAAUCAUAAUUUUCUAGUGGAAAAACCCGAACCAGUUAUCACCGCAAUUGAGCAGUUUUUAAAUUUAUAG